AUGCCUCCUAAAGCAGACGGUGGAAAGGCUGUCGUCUCCAAUGAUACAUUCCUUGUUGCUUGUAUCAAACAUGGCAAAGACAAGCUCAGCGUCAAUUUCGACACUCUUGCCAAAGACCUCAAUAUGAGCGCUGGCGGUGCAGCGAACAAGUUCCGAUCCAUCAUGAAGCAAUUCGAGAACGAAGGCGCAGCUUGGGCGAACAAAGACCCUGCUGCAGCAACUCCGCCAAGAACCAAAGCCCCAGCUGGAACCAAGCGCAAGGCACCUCUCAAGAAGGAGGCAUCAGAAGAUGACGACAGUGAAGAGGAAGCACCAGAAGAACCACCCAAGAAGAAAGCCAGAGGCAAGGGCGCAAAGGCCAAGUCCGUCGCUGUUGUCGAGGCUUCUGAUGCCCCUGAAGGUGACGAUGUUGAUGAUGCUAUGGAGAAGAAGCCUAAGGGCAGAGGAGGUAAGGCAAAAGCUACUACCGCCGGAGGUCCAAAGAGAGGUGGCAAGAAGACAGCUCCGAAAGACAUCAAAGAGGAAUCUGCCGAGGAGCCUAUCAUCAAGGAAGAAGAGGCAGGCAAUGUGGCUGAUGAUGAGAGUGACGACGACAAGGAUGCAGUCAAGACCGAGAGCAGCGAGGACAAGGACGCCUGA